UAGAGUUCAUGGCAAGUAUUUGUCUAAUAUAAGCCAGUCAAGACACAUACAAGCUUCAGAGUGAAGACUGGAACUGCUGAAGGGAGGUGCGUAGCUGCAGCUCAAAGAAAAUGAAUGGCACACUGGAUCACCCAGACCAACCUGAUUUAGAUGCUAUCAAAAUGUUUGUGGGUCAAGUCCCACGGAGCUGGUGUGAGAAGGAUCUAAGAGAACUUUUUGAACAGUAUGGUGCUGUCUAUGAAAUCAAUGUCUUGCGGGACAGGAGCCAAAACCCUCCUCAAAGCAAAGGGUGCUGUUUUGUUACAUUUUAUACCCGUAAAGCUGCACUAGAAGCACAGAAUGCUCUUCACAACAUGAAGAUCCUCCCAGGGAUGCACCAUCCUAUCCAGAUGAAGCCAGCUGACAGUGAAAAAAGUAAUGCAGUAGAAGAUAGGAAGUUGUUUAUUGGAAUGAUAUCCAAGAAGUGCAAUGAAAAUGAUAUUCGAGUGAUGUUCUCCCCCUUUGGGCAGAUUGAAGAAUGCAGGAUAUUACGGGGCCCGGAUGGCCUGAGCCGAGGUUGUGCAUUUGUGACUUUUACAACAAGAGCUAUGGCACAAACAGCAAUCAAAGCAAUGCAUCAAGCACAAACCAUGGAGGGUUGCUCUUCUCCCAUUGUUGUAAAAUUUGCAGACACGCAGAAGGACAAAGAGCAGAAACGAAUUGCUCAGCAACUUCAGCAACAAAUGCAACAGAUCAGUGCUGCCUCAAUAUGGGGAAACCUGGCUGGUCUCAACACACUUGGACCCCAGUACUUAGCACUUUAUUUGCAGCUCCUUCAGCAGACAGCAGCUGCUUCAUCUGGGAACCUGAACACACUAAGCAGCCUCCACCCAAUGGGAGGACUGAAUGCGAUGCAGUUACAGAACCUGGCCGCGUUGGCAGCUGCGGCCAGCGCAGCUCAGAACACACCGAGUGGCACCGCUGCACUCACCUCCUCCAGCAGCCCCCUGAGUGUGCUCACCAGCUCAGCAGGUUCCUCACCUAGUUCCAGUAGCAGCUCCUCUGUUAAUCCAAUGGCUUCUCUUGGAGCAUUGCAGACGCUGGCAGGUGCUACAGCAGGCCUCAACGUUAGCUCUUUAGCAGGAAUGGCAGCCUUAAAUGGAGGACUUGGCAGUGGUGGUCUCUCAAAUGGGACAGGCAGCACAAUGGAAGCCCUCACACAGGCUUAUUCUGGAAUCCAGCAAUAUGCUGCUGCUGCACUGCCCACACUCUAUAACCAGAGUCUCUUAACACAGCAGAGUAUUGGUGCAGCAGGAAGUCAAAAAGAAGGUCCAGAAGGAGCCAAUCUGUUUAUCUACCAUCUUCCCCAGGAGUUUGGGGAUCAGGAUCUGCUGCAGAUGUUCAUGCCAUUUGGAAAUGUUGUCUCUGCCAAGGUUUUCAUUGACAAGCAGACCAAUCUAAGCAAGUGUUUUGGUUUUGUAAGUUACGACAAUCCCGUCUCUGCGCAGGCUGCCAUUCAGUCAAUGAACGGCUUCCAGAUCGGCAUGAAGCGGCUGAAAGUACAGCUCAAGCGCUCCAAGAACGACAGCAAGCCAUACUGAGCACCCCUCCCCUCCGGGACUGGAGUGAGAAGGAUCUUCUGAUUCCUGCCGUUUGUUCAUCGUUGUGCCUAAAGCAUGUCGAUGUGGCGUUCAAGUACAUCGUCCAAAUCCUUGUCUCUUCAGCUUCUCUGAUGCUUGAACUCUCACCUUUGACCUUGUGUUGACCUUUGAUGCUGAUGUGUA